ACAAAAACAUGAACAAACGUCGACGAUCCCAAUAAACAAAUUUGCCAGUUAACACAAAGAACAGUCAGAGAGCUACAACGUAGCAACGCGUUUGGUCUAUUUCAAGUUUGGAUACGUAAAUAUAGUCAAGUCAGGCAGUCGUGUUCUAGAAGUUUUCUCAACUAGUUUCCGGCUUUAUCAGACAAGGUAGAAAAACCAAGACUUUUUUUUUAAUUUGGAAAAAUGGGGAUGAUAAUAAGAGUCCGUGGACGAUUAAGGAGUUUCCACACAAUACAGAAACUCAAUCCUGAAGUGCGCGAUGAGAAGAUAGCCGAAACAGUGUGUUUGUUGUCUGUCCUGUUUCUUUUGCCUUACUGCUCUAGAGGGCAUUCGCCCCUUUUGGUCAGCUUAGGGGGGUGGUGUGUUGCCACAUAUUCAUGCCUUGUUCUCCCAGUACUAAUUUCUGCAAACUACAAAUAUCCCGUAAGAUGGCUGCGAAAGCUAUUUUCCAAAAUACCAGCUCUACUUAGCGAAUGGUCGGGUCCUGUUAUGACUUUCCUUGGUAGAGUCUAUUCACCUUUGGAUAAAUGCGAAAAAAUAUUUAUGAAAAUGACAAACUUAUCGAAUUUGGCAACACAAUUAGUAUUUUUCAUGAUGUGUGACCGAGUGCUGCUGUGUUCCUUUGGAGGUGGUAACUGCCCUCAGAAAAAAGUAACAGGACUGUAUUCACUCAUGUUCUACAAUGUUAUCGCCUAUUGUGUUUCAUAUAUCAAAGAAUUAAUAGAAAAAGAGGACUGGUCUGUAACCGUCAAUAUGACCCAUCACAGCAAUAUCAAACAUGUAGCAAUGUCAGCAACGAAAAUUGUUCUCGAAUGGACUAAAGCCAUAACCUUCAUAAUCACUGUCACCUUUAUGCUGCUUGUUUUUGGCUUGGAACAAGGCCUAGAACAUUAUCAACCAACUGCUCUAUAUACAUUUAUAACCUGGAGCUAUUACAUGUGUACUGAAAAAGUUUUUAUUGAACUGUUUCCACCACUUCUGGUGUUUCUUAAACUCAAGUAUUUAGAAGCUUUAGAAGCUCUUUAUGCUCCUGUAGUAUUAAGAUGCUACACUGUUAGUGUUGCAGCAGUUCUGGUAAUAUUUUUGUGUUUUUAUGGUCAAGUUAGGUUUACUUGUAUUGCGUGUUAUUUAACUGUUUAUUUACGAAUUAAAGAUAUGGUUGCAAACUGUCUAAAAGCUUUAAGAAACGAACAAGCAAUAUUAGGACAGUUCAGACAUGCGACUGCUGACGAAAUUGAAAACUGUGAUGACGUAUGUGCUGUAUGUUUAAGUCCAAUGGAGAGAGCAAGAGUUACACCUUGCCAUCACUUAUUUCAUGCUACUUGUCUCAGACAAUGUUUGAGGGCUUCAGAUAAUUGUCCAAUGUGUAAAAGAGAAUACACUUUUGUACGUUAAAUAUUUGUAAUUUAUUAUUUUUAUUAUUUGUUAACUCAAAAAGAAAAUAUUCUUAUAGCUAUUUUUUGUACGUAAUUAGAAAAGAUAAUUUAGAUUAGUUUUGCUACAUUUAUAUUGUACUUAUUUAGGUAAUUUAUAUUUUAUAUGUGAAUAAAAUAUUUUAACAAUAUAAAUUUUA